AUGGAGUUUUUAACCUUUUCUCCAGAGAACCACUGCUUUUCAGAAUUACUGGACGGCAGCGAUGGGGAUGAAGAGGAAAUACUUGUCUGUGGAGAAGAUUUAGAGCUUAAUCCUUUUGAUGGCUUGCCUUACUCCUCCCGUUAUUAUAGACUGAUGAAAGAGAGAGAAGAGCUUCCAAUAUGGAAAGAAAAAAGUACUUUCAUGGAAAGUUUGCUUCAUAAUCAAAUUGUGAUUGUGUCAGGAGAUGCUAAAACUGGCAAGAGCUCCCAGGUGCCGCAGUGGUGUGCUGAGCACUGCCUGGCCAUGCAGCCCCGCGGGGCCGUGGUGUGCACACAGGUGCUCCGCCAGGCCGCCGUGGCGCUGGCCCUGCGCGUGGCCGACCAGAUGGACGUGAGCCUGGGCCACGAGGUGGGCUACUGCGUGCCCUUGGAGAGCUGCUGCACGCCCGACACCAUCCUGAGGUACUGCACAGAUGAGAUGCUCCAGAGAGAAAUGAUGUCCACGCCCCUUCUGAACUCUUAUGGUGUCAUUGUCUUGGAUGAUGUGCAUGAAAGGACUGUGGCCACAGAUGCCCUGCUUGGCCUGCUGAAAGAUGUCUUGGCAGCCAGAGCAGAGCUGAGGCUGGUGAUCCUCACUGCCCCCCAGAUGUGCAGCACCCUGCAGGGUUUCUGUGGCAGCGUGCCCGUGAUCCAAGCGCGGGGCAGGCACCGCGCUGAGGCCGUGUUCUCCUGCAGCACCCACAGGGACUCUUUCCUGGCUGCUCUCAGGCUGCUCCUCGAGAUCCACCACACCAAGGAGAGGGGGGACAUCGUCAUCUUCCUGGCAUGUGAGCAAGAAAUUGAAAAAGCUUAUCAGAUGAUCAGACAGGAACAAUCCAGUUUAAACCCUGACCUUGGAGAACUCAUCCCCAUCCCUUUAUACCCCACAAAACAAGAGCUGACUCCCAAAUUAACUCAAGACAAGCAGAAAGGCUGCAAAAAAUACAGGAGGAAAGUGCUACUCACCACCAGCUCUGGAGAAUCUCUGGUCUGGACUAAAAACCUGACUUUUGUCAUCGAUGUGGGUGUGGAGACAAGAAAGGUGUACAAUCCUAGAAUCAGAGCAGACUCUGUUCUAACCCAGCCUAUCAGCCAAAGUCAAGCAGAGGUGCAUAAACAAAUUCUGGGCAUGUCUCCAUCAGGGAAAAUCUUCUGCUUGUAUCCUGAAGAGUUUACGUACAAGGAAAUGAAGCCACAAAUUCCAGCUAAAGUUCAGGAAUCCAACCUCACCAGCUUGGUCCUGUUCCUGAAGAGGAUGGACAUAGCAGGCUUUGCACACUGUGACUUCAUCAGCAGCCCAGCUCCUGAAAGCCUGAUGCAGGCUUUGGAAGAUCUGGAUUACCUGGCAGCACUGGAUAACAAUGGGAACCUGUCUGAAUUUGGGAUUAUUAUGUCAGAAUUCCCCCUGGAUCCUCAGCUGUCCAAGUCACUGCUGGCUUCCUGUGAAUUUGAGUGUGUGGAUGAGAUGCUCACCAUUGCAGCCAUGGUCACAGCUCCCAGCUGCUUCCUGCAGGCCCCUCCUGGCACAGAGGAGAUCGCUCGGAGCCGCUGGCGCCGCUUCUCCCACCCUGCAGGAGAUCACUGCACCCUCAUCAACAUCUUCAACGCCUUCAGGGCAGCCACUGCCAGCCCCACACAGCCAGACUUCAGCAGUGAGAAAUGGUGCCGUGAUUAUUUCCUGAGCUGUCCUGCUCUGAGCAUGGCAGAGAUGAUCAGAGCCGAGCUGGUGGAGAUUAUGAAGCGCAUUGAACUCCCCAUUUCUGAACCAGGCUUUGGAUCAGAAGAAAAUCUACUAAGCAUUAAGAAAGCUCUUUUAUCUGGUUACUUCAUGCAUAUUGCUCGUGAUGUGGAUGGCUCAGGGAACUAUUUGAUGUUAACACACAAACAAGUGGCCCAGCUCCACCCCUUCUCAUCCUACUACAGCACCAGGAGGAUCCCAGAGUGGGUUUUGUUCCACGAGUUCAGCAUCUCAGAGGGCAAUUCCAUCAGAGUUGUCUCUGAGAUCUCCCCCCACCUGUUUGCAGAGCUGGUACCUCAGUAUUAUUUCAGCAAUCUUCCUCCAAGUGAGAGCAAGGAUAUUCUGCAGGAAGUGAUCAAUCACUUGGCACCUGCUUCAGGCCCAAAGGAGGAACAGAAAACUGCCAAUGACAGCAAAGAAAAUGAGGAAUUUCCCCAAACUCCCACUGAGCAGAGAUGUGUUAUUCAGUGAAUUUAUACUGAAGCAUCCCAUAUUGGACAACAAUAAAUAAA